CGGCACAGAGGCCACACGUUGCCUGCACUCCCCAGUUCCGCUUGCAACAUGGUGCUGGCUGCAGCCUUGGGCAUCAGCUCCUUCUUGGCGGGCGGCGCAACGGCGGCAGGCUUCUUUGAAAACAAACUUGCAGCCAUGCAGAAAGAGUUGAAAGACGCCCAGGAGGAAGAGAAGGAGCAAUUGCAUUGGGAUAAGAAGCAAGUUCGCGGCCUGGGCGAUUUGCUGCGCAGAGUCAACCACCUAGCCAUCAUCGUGGAGGACGUGGGCCGCUCACUGGCCUGGUACUCGGACAUCAUCGGCUUCCAGCAGAUUCAGCGCCCCAACUUCGACCGCCACGGGGCGUGGCUCACCAUGGGCAACAUCGAGCUGCACCUCAUCAAGGGCAAGCCUCACACCAAGCGCGGCCAGCAUCCGGACGACCUCAUCGUGUGCCACCUGGCCCUGGAAGUCACGGAUGCCUCUGCUGUGCUCCAGCGCUUGGAGCAGAUGCAGGAGGUGCAGCAGCACAAUUUGCGGUGGCGCCAGAAUGUGUCGGUGCCCACCCCCGAGACUUCGCGCACGGCAAAGUUCGAGUCCCACACGGACGGAGAGGGCAAGGUGACCCAAUUCUUCCUUGAGGAUCCGGAUGGCUAUUGGAUCGAGAUUUGCAAUUGCUCCGAGCUCACCGACUUCUGCUUGGACGAGGGCCGCCAUGUAGACGCCAUUUCUCCUAAGGUGAAGGCUCUGGUGAAGCAGUGGGCCGACCGAGCCAGGCAGCGUUGUCGUGCGCCUUUUCGGACCCUGCGCCCAACCAUGGCCAUUGCCUUGCACCAGGUGGACAGUCAGAAGCUGGAGAAUUUGGCGUGUCGCCGCACCACCUACGGGGACAUUUGCCAGGGCUUCAGUGUGGAGCAGCUUCGGAAGGCUCUGGCGGAUGCAGGAAACCAUGUUCCUGUGGCCAUCAGGUUGCUCCAACAGGUGCGGGCACAGGAGGGCAAACGGAUCUUGCUGCCCCCGAAGUUCCUGGACAACUCCAAGCACCUGCAUCAGACCCAGCCCAUCUACAUGGAAAGGCCCAAGCCGGUGUUGUUGGGCAACGCCGGCAAUGCGUACAUCUUCUCACAGUUUGUCUAGGUCUCAAUUUUGAUGUCGAGUUCUGAUUGUUUACAAAAGGACCAUCGUGUUUGAAGGCAGGGCAAGCCGGUACCCAAAGAUCAACCUUGGGCCACCUGAUGCUUGGUCUUCUUAAGCCUCGCGCCGAACAAAAUGGCCGUGUGUCAAAACUAGAGA